GAACGAGGAGAAGGUUUUGGAAAAAGGUCGAUAUAGCCUAUUCAGAAGGAUCUCCAGCAGAUCAUUUGUUGAUCCGAUUAGACGGAAGAAGUCUAAAAACACCUUCGGGAGCAGUCUUGGCCAUUCCAACAGAUCGUUCGUUAUUAGCCACUUUGAUCGCAAAAGAAUGGAGUGAACAAGAAUCUAUCUUACACACACAUUCCUUACCGCUAACUUCUUUGGCCGCUCGUGCGAUCGAUGGUUUAGAUACACCUUCGCAAAGAAAAGGUGUUGUGGAAGCUUUGGUGGAAUAUUUGCAUACAGAGACCAUUUGCUUUCACGAAGAUCAUCCGGCUAAUUUGGUCAAAUUACAGAAAGAACGUUGGGAUCCAAUCUUAGCAUGGGUCAAAGAACGUUUCAAUACACCCACAGUCAAGGUUUUCGAUGAUAUUUUCGAUGUAAGACAAGACGAUGAAGUCGUACGUAUUUUGGGAGAUUACGUUAUUGAAACAUACAAUGGCUGGGAUCUAGCAGCUCUGGAGAGAAUUGUACGCUCUACAAAAUCUUUUUUGAUUGGCCUAAGAUUGAUUGAAGCCGUUCGUCAAGGUGGCAAGGAGGAAGCUUCUUUCGGUGUACAUGAAGCCGCUUUGGCCGCUGAAGUCGAAGUUCAAAGUCAGACAGAAAGAUGGGGUGAAGUUGAAGAUACACAUGACGUGGAUUUUGCCGAUAUACGUAAGAUUCUUGGAAGUGCAACCGCAGGUGUAGUA